AUGGAAAAGUGUCGUCGCCGCGACCUGGACUCUGAUCCGCAGUCGGAGGCAGGGACAACCGGCGACGGUGUUGGAACGGGAGGCAGAGUCGUGGGCAUUGGCCAUUGGCACGUCUGUCGGUUUAUGCAACAUUUUAGCAAUUAUAUUCGCGUCGGGCGACAUUACAACGGCAAUUACACGCAGGAGCCACAGAACAUGCCCGUGGGCGGAUCCACGGAGUUUGUGGGGGGUGUGGCACUCCGUCCGGCACUCUGGCAUUCUGGCAUUCCGGCUUACUGGCAUUCUGGCAUUCCGGCGUCCCUGUCAUCGUCACGUGGAGCGGCAACGUGA